AUUCCUGGCUGGGGAUUCCCCGUUUUCAAAUGUUGCUACGAGUCGCGCAAGUGAAAUAUCCAAUAUCGUACAUAAACACAACGACAGAAUAGUAAUUUAAAUUCUUUUCGCAAAACUUAGUAUAAACCAUCUUUGCUUAUUGGAAUCGACCCAGGUUUUACUCACAGUUCAUCGCCAUUGGAACUUGAACAUAAAGUCAAGAUAAGGAUUAUGACAACGAUACGGAAAGUGAAAGUUGCUGCGUAUAGUGGAAGUGUUGAAAACAACGUGGCCGGACUCACUGAAAUAAGAGAGAAAAUGGCAGAUUGUGUUGAAGAGGUUAAAUAUGUUCAGCUACCUUAUAACAUUAGUGAUAUGCAGAAGAUGAAACUGGAUAAGAAUUACUACAUGUUGCUCUGUCAUUCAAUCAACAACAGAAGAUUUUCAAUCACCAAUGUCACUGAUGCUCUUUAUGAUGGCUUCCUUAUGAAAUCCAAGAAACGAUUAGGUCGCCGUAAAAUUGGUGUGAUUGCUCAUGACUUUGAUCCUGCCCAGCUCUCUUCGGACAAACUUAACAGUAGAAUGGAUUCCUUCAAAACCAUUCAAGAAAGAACAUUCAGAAAAUCAAUUCUGCAACUAAUCGGUGGACAGCUAUCUCAAACACCGGUAGAGAUUAAUAAUGACCAAUGGGAGGAACUCGGAAAAUAUUUAAGAAACGAAUUAAAGAAUCCGAAGCCCCGGAAACCUGGCCGCUGCAUGCUGUAAAUCGUAUUGUAUGAACUAUUAUCACAUUGUGUCAGAAGUUGUGAAGUAUAUACAAAGGGAAUUAUUUUGCAUUACAGUUAAUACAAUAAUAAUAUUGAUGAUAACAUAUACCUAGCCUGUGGAAAUUUUAAGUUUAAUUUCUUUAACGCAAAUUUAAUGUAGAAACGUGAUAUGCAAAUGUACAAAAGACAAACUUUCUCUAUAUAGCAAGUAAACAUAACGCAAAGAAAAAAAAGAUAUCACUAGCUAAUACAUGCUUCAAAAUUCAUUCAUACAUACAAUGUUUAAAUGUUUAAUUCAUUCAUUCAUUCAUAUCAUACAUUAAACCAAAAUUCAUUCAUACCCUACACGGAACUCUUCAAAUUUUCAUUUAACCAACCCCAAAAUAUGCUCAGAGAUCCAUUAGACACCACGGUCCCGAUUUAUGGAACUCUUUAUACCAGAGUCUUUACAAAGAUGCUCAUCUCUUUACUCAUUUAAGGCAAACAUUAAAUCCAUGUUAAUAUCAGAAUAUUUAAAGUAAGUUUUCUGUGUCAGUAUUUCAGUUAAUCAUUAAACCACUCUUCUUUCAGUGAGUUAAUCAUUACCAAAUUCUCCCACAUGACAAUCAUCUCCAUGGCCUUCAUCCCAAUCAUUGUCUCCAUCAUCCUCAUCAUCUGCAUCGAUGGUGAGCGCGUCAUGGUCUAGUGGUUCUGACUCUCGCCAGAACAGAGGUCGUGGGUUCGAAUUGUAGCCAUGGCGUGUUUUCCUUUAGCAAGAAAUUUAUCCACACUGUGCUGCACUCGACCCAGGUGAGGUAAAUGGGUCCCGACAGGAAGUAAUUCCUCAAAAAGCUGUGCGCAUCAGAAUCGGUAAACUAGCUUAUCCGGGGUAAUAGAAGCGCCUUGAGCACCUAUAUAAUUAUAGCAAGGUGGAUGCGUGCGCUAUACAAAUCCUAUAUUAUUAUUAUUAUCUUCAUAAUUGAAAUUAUGAACAAAUAUUACCAUUAUGCAUCAUAAAUGAAUGAGUUUUAAUCCGCGGGGUUGCCAUUUUUUUCAAGCAAUCUGCUUCUAAUGACAAUCCUCCUGCAAACUAUAAGAUGGAACGAUGUUUUUAAUAUUUACAACAGAAUGUUGUAAUAGAAAAAAUAACUCAUAUGCCUGAUUUUAAAGAGUGGAGCUCCUUGGUAAAUUUGAAGUGAUUUCGUGGGUUAUGCCUAUCCCACUUCCCCUUUUAACUACCUGAUUUUUUUAUAUUUUUUUUGUUUAAUGCAAUAAAAAUGAAGUAUUUCUAGACCGUAUAGACUAUCGAUACUUGGCAUUAUUUCUUUCUUUUCUUUUAUUUUUAGGUCGCCGUAAAAUAUUUUCUUUAUCAUACUCCAGCACGUAAUAACAUAUUAUAAAUUACCAAAAAUAUUCCUUGCAAUAUGUAUUUUUGCAGCAUCUAUAUCGUUCUCAUGGCAUUGGGAGUGCAGUGACCGAGCAAUAAAUUUGUCCUCUUCAUCUGGGAAGAGGACAAACGCCAUGAGAACGAUAGAGCGCCGUCAGCGGGCGUUGCGGUGUAAUUUGACGGAUGUUUGAAUGUGGGCACUUUCGCUCCAAGAGGAUAAUUUUCUUGCUAGUUCGCUACAUUCUUUUUAACAUUCUUCUUGGGAAGUCGAUAUUACAGCACCCCCCCCCCCACACACACACACACUCACCUGUUUUAUCCACUUAUUCACGACAUCCGUCAAAUUCAUUGGAAGCUCCUUGAAAAUAAUAAGCGGCGUUGCGGUCGUUGAACUAGGGGUUAAACUACUGCGUAACGGCGUAGAUUAUGCUGCCACGGUAUCAAACUGCGGAUUUACGGAACUAUAAAUAAAUAAAAUAGCAAUGAUUGAAUUAUUUUGAAUCAUUUGCAUGCCAAACUUUAACGAAUCAACAUGAACAUACAUCCCAUACGUAUAUCCAUCGCUCCCAAACGCUACGAAUGUUCACUAUGCGAUAAGACAUACAGUCACAGGUUCGACCUGAAGAGGCACAUACAAAAUGUACACCCAGGUAUGGAAGAGGAUGAUGAUUGUGAGACAGAUGAUGAAGGUAGCAAAUAUGAUCAUCGACUCCAAAGGCCAUCUAAAAAGCGUCGAUUGGCAGAAUCUAGCUCUGAUGAUAAAAGCGAAGGAGAGGAUGAAUCAUCAGAUUCUGAGACACCUCACACGGAAGAAUCGGAAAGCCACUGACAAGAUGAGGGAUAUUUGCCAAAUAUCAAAAAUAUAUCUAAAAUGGAUCGGAUGAAAAUGAGGCUAGAGAGAAGCUGGCCCAUGUGAAAGUUCUAUGGGCAGUCAAACGCAUCUUCUUCUUUUUUUAUCUACUCAAAGUUUUUACGGCAGAACCUGUACCUCGAAGAAGACCAAUCGGGAUAUUCAGUCUGACUUCACGGAGAAACUAGAAAAUGGCAUGGAUAUGAGUAAAGCUAUACAACGUGUCUUAGACAGAAGCAUGACAAAAUUUGAAAGCUUAUUCCAAUACCAUGAGGAGGAUGAAGAUGAUAGUGAAGAUGAGACAGAGUGAUGCUCAACAGUGAGACUGUUAUAAAGUCAUAUAAAUGGACUACUAUAGCUAUACAUGCGCUAACACAAAUGGCAAAUGAAGUUUAUUUCAACAUGUUCAGUGUUAUGAAUUAAUUUUGCUGUACCUUUUAUUUUCAGAUAAAAGCCCCUCGUAGUGGGGAAAAUAUUUUAAUUAUCAUACUCCAGCACGUAAUAACAGAUUAUAAAUUACGUAGAAUAUUCAUUGCAGUAUGUAUUUUGCAGUAUCUCUAUAUAUGCUUUCAUGAAAAUAAUAACAAAAAUCCGAGUUACCACACUAUCUACAGUGUCAUUUGUUUAUCUCUUUUCAUGAUAUGAGAUUCUUAGCUUGAUUAAUUUGAUGAUGGAAUAUAACAAUAAUACAUAAUCUAAAAUUCAAUUAUUAUGCAUACACGUCACAAAUGUGCAGGAUAAAAGAAUGAAAACAUGCAUUAUUCAUUUUACACCAACACAUACGAUAUAAACUUACCCCCCCCCCCCCCAUCACAAUAACAGUAGUUCUAAGUAGGAAUAAUAACUAUAUAGGCCUACAUUCUGUUUCAUCAGACUCGAACAGGCCGUCUUCCAUGAUCAUCCAAUUCAUACCAUCUUUGACACCGAUCUGACAUCUCGCUCAUUCUUGCAAAUAUGUUUACACUUAAUCGGCUUUUGCAUCGGCUUUUUCAUAGCGUGUGAACGCGAUUAACUUGCAUCGGCUCGCGGUUCAGAACCGGCAAUUUUGCACCACCAAAGUAGUAGGUUCAGAACCGCGACCCGAUGCAGAAUCGGCUUUUUUACUACGUGUAAACAGAAAGCCGAUUCUGCAUCUGAACCGCGAGCUGUAACAGUGUGUAAACGCAGUGCAAGAUAAACCAAAAGCCGAUUCUGCAUCGGCUUUUGGUUCAGAACCAAAAGCCGAUCAAGUGUAAACA